CGCGGAACACUUUGUACCAACGCAUUUUAAUAUUGUAACAAUAUUGGAUGUACGUGAUUUUUAAUGUGUUUUACAAUAAUAAAUGAAAGCGGAUAUUGCUAUAUAAUAUUUUAUUAGAACGAAAAAAAUAUUGUAAUUAGAAGACGUUAGAUAGAUAGUAAAUUUGGAGUAUGUUUUGAUUGAUUAUAAUAUCGUUUUAGAUUACUGUUACCUCUUUGAUCUUGGAAAAUAUAACAUAAAACACAUUUUAAAUUACCACAUCGGAUAAUAAAGAAAUCAGAAGUGGUUAAAUUAAGGAAUUAAAAACAGCAACUAUUAAGCAGAUAAAAUGAAGGGAUGGACACAUGCUGUAACCUCCGUGUUUAUUGCUUCUCUAAUGUCAAUGACAAGAGCACGCGCUUCCAAGGUUACAACUACAAAUGGUGAUAUUGAAGGAUUUAGUGUCGUAAUCGAUGACGUCACAGUGGAUAUCUACUUAGGUAUACCGUUUGCAAACCCGCCUUUGGGACAACUACGUUUCCGUGCGCCGCAACCGGUAAGUAAUUGGACCGGAGUGAAGGAGACCAAAACUUUACCGAACAGCUGCAUCCAGACUGUAGACGGGUACUUCGAUCGAUUUGAAGGAGUAGAAAUGUGGAAUCCCAACACCGAUAUUAGCGAAGAUUGUCUAUAUUUAAAUUUAUGGGUCCCACGAUUAAAUAAAACUAAUUUUGCUACAACUCUAAUUUGGAUUUACGGUGGAUCGUUUACGUUUGGAACUAGUACGCUAGACGUUUACGAUGGGCGGUAUUUAGCCGCAAAGCAGGGAGUUAUAGUGGCAUCUAUGCAAUACAGAAUGGGUGUUCUAGGGUUUCUGUUUACAGACACUGACGAUGCGCCAGGUAACAUGGGCCUAUUAGAUCAGCAGCUGUCAAUAAAGUGGGUAUAUGACAAUAUUGAAAAUUUUGGUGGCGACAGUAGUAAAAUCACAUUAAUUGGUGAAAGUGCCGGUGCUUCUAGUAUAAGUCACCAUAUGUUAGCUAAUUCCUCAUGGCCUUAUUUUAAUAAUGCAAUUUUGCUAAGUGGUACAUCGCUGUGUCCAUGGGCGCAUGACUCGCCAGACAUAUUGUUGGAACACAUUAAAUCAUUUGCAAAUAUCAUGAACUGCUCAAACUCCGAUAAAAAGGAGAUUGUAAAGUGCCUUCGCAAUAAAGAUGCUCUGGACCUUGAGGCCAAUCAAUGGGAAAUAAAUUAUAAUAAGAAUAUUGGAACAUUCGGCCCCACAACAGACGGCAUAUUUCUAACGGAUACUCCCUCUAUUUUACUUAACUCAGGAAAUUUAAAAAGCGCUGAUAUUUUGCUUGGAAACACAAAAGAUGAAGGUGAAUAUUGGCUGAUUUAUUGGUACCCAGACAUAUUUCCAAAUAUCUCAAACCCAGCCCCAUUAAACAGUAGCCAGUUCUUGCACACAAUGCGCGAGGCAACAGGCUGUAAUGAGGAUGACCUUGACUGUGAAGGUGUGUUGUUUACAUACAAUGCGUCAAAUAUACCGUCCACUAGAGGGAGUUAUAGGGAUAUUCUGGACGACAUAGUGGGUGAUAUCACUUUUAAAUGUGACGUACGAAGCUUUGCUAGUCAUCAUGCCAGCCAAUCACAUGGGAGAACAUAUAUGUACUCAUUUGAGUAUCGUCAUUCCGCCAAUCCUUGGCCGUCAUGGAUGGGAUCGUUACAUGGAUACGAAAUAGAGCCGGUGUUUGGUCAACCAUUUAAUCCAAUGCUAAAGUAUAGCGACCUUGACAGAGAGGUCAGUGCAAAGGUCAUGGAUUACUUUACAACGUUUGCGAAUACUGGGAAUUUAGAUUCAUUUGGCAAUGAGUGGCCAGAAUUUACAACAAACUCAGAGCAACAUAUCGUUUUUUCUCAGGACGGAACCACGCAUAUACGAGAAGGAUAUAGAACUAAAGAAUGUUCUUUCUGGGAAUAUCUCAUGCCGAAACUCAAACAAAAAAUGGCAGAAAACAAAACGACAAGUGGCGCCAUCUUUCAUAGCCUUUCCACGAUAAUCGUCUGCGUGAUUGUGAUCAUUUCUGCAAUUAUCAUCAGAUGAUUGAUCUGCUUGCAUGCACAUUUCAUUUGUCGUCUGCAUCGUCCAUCAGUUUCCUAACAACCGAAAAGCAGCGCGCGCAGACUCACCAGAAAAACAGUGAUGAAGAGAAAAAUGUUUAAGAUUUUUAUUACAUUGUUCGCAUCAUAUAUCUACACUUGGUUUUCAUGCUGACAGUCAAGUCGAAACAGAUGACUUUCUUGGGUCCAUCGAAUUCUUGUUCACUGGCAAUAUAGAUGUAAAGGAAAUCUUAUGCUCUCAGAAGCAUUGUAAAAUGCAAAGAAAUAUUUGCUAGCAUUCCAUUUAAAACUCAAUUUCCAUCACAGUUUCGUUUAUUGCCGAACUUUGAACUUGUCCAACUUUGAACUUGUCCGUCUGGUAUGCUGGAAUGAUUUAGUCUGCUUUCAGGUCCACCCGGAUAGCACGUGUUCUCAAAAUGUUGCAGUUCAAAAUUGACUGGCUGACACAUACAUCUUAAUGUUCGAUUUUUAUUCAUUUAAAAAUUUUUGUUUAUGCAUAGUCAUUAUGUUUGCGAAGACAACAUAAUACUCAUAUAUUGAAAACGGGGCUAAACUUUUU